AUGCUGACUCACAGAUGUGUGGUAUCGGCAGCUACCACCAUCCACCCGCCACCUCCGCCGUCGUCUAUGUCCAACGGCUUCCCCGCCGGCGACGUCGACACCAACCGGCCGCAGUCAGAAAGCAAUGAGAGAACCAGAGACCUCAAGGGGUCAGAUGCGGCGGCUCUGGCACGACGAGUGUCCUUCAGUGACCUUGGGUCCACACCGGGGGAGACGGAGGGAGGCCAACUCAUGAGUCCGGUAUACCACCGAGGCUCGGCUCUCACACAGUCUCUGGGGACCACAUCCACCAUGGGUCGGCAGCGAAGAUUGUCACGUUCCACCGUAGCCCCCUCCCAGAGCUACGCCAUACAAGAGGCAUUCGGUCCACUGAACGAAGCACCUUGCGGGAAGGUCGGCGAAGACGUUAUUCCAGGGACUCCAUUGCCAUCCUCCCCGGGACCUUCACCAUCAGACGACGUAAGACUGCCAUUAAGUACGUCUCUGGAGGAGGAGGACGAGGACCAAGAGGACCAAUUAGAGGACUCUACAGGAGGCAUUCCUCCAUACGUCGAUAAAAAUAAGGCUUGGCCCAUGCCUCCUGUGUCGACGACCCUGACUACUACCCCACAAGUAUUUCUGGGAGAUUCCUGGGAUUUAAUGGGUAAAGUGCAAGCUGAGGUCAGGUACCUGCUCCCGAGAAACCUACCCUUUACAACACACAAUAGGGGCAGCCCAGGCCGAGUCAGGGGCAGCGCAGGCCGAGUCAGGGGCAGCGCAGGCCGAGUCAGGGGCAGCGCAGGCCGAGUCAGGGGCAGCGCAGGCCGAAUUGCUGACUCUGAGACACUGUUCUUCCAUGACGGACGACGUAGAAUUGACCUUGUCCUGGUGUACGAGGAGGAGGACAUGAGUCUGGGAGUGUUGACUGAACAGGACACUCUCAGGCAGUUCUGGAGAAGACAGUUUCAUGACAAUAUGCGCCAGGAGGGAUUAGAAACUGAGCUCGAGGACAAGGAGAGCUCAUUUGAUCAGAAAACCUUUUUCCUCAAAGUCCACGCUCCAUGGAGAGUUAUACUGAAGUAUGCAGAAGCAAUGAACUUGAAAACACCAACAAAAAGGUUCCUCUCCAUCAGCGUUAAAGCAUGGGAGGGGGCUGAGAAGGAACCAGAUAACCAGGAGGUUGGGUUUUCCCUGCGAAGACUGUUUGAUUUGGACCCUAGAACGAUUGCCCAGGAGCCUUCCUUCUAUAGCGCGACCCAUAGCACUGAUAGGGAGGAACAGUUUGUAGUGAAGGAUCGUGAAUCUUUCUACACAUCAGCCCAGAGAAGUCAAGUAGUGUGGCAGAUCUUGCUUAGGACUAAAUACGAUGAUGGUGCGAGGGUGGGCAUUCGGAGGCUUCUCAACAAUGGUACAUACAUCAGUGCUUUCCCUUUACACGAGGGUAGCCACAAACAUCCCUCUAGAAAUGGCUUCAUAUAUGACCGCAGGUUGCUGUACACGGAGUGGGCUAGACCAGGACGUUGGUACAAGAAGCAACCUCUUUGGCUGGUGCGAAAGUACUUUGGAGACAAGAUCGCACUCUACUUUACUUGGUUAGGAUUCUACACAAAGAUGUUAAUACCUGCAUCAGUUGCUGGUCUUCUAUGUUUUAUCUACGGUGUUUUGUCCAUGGAUUCCAGGGAUAACAUUCCCAGCAAGGAGAUCUGCAACAGUACAUUGGCAGGAAACAUAACUCUUUGUCCUCAAUGUGAUAAAGCCUGUGACUACCAAAGACUGGGGGAAAGCUGCGUCUUUGCCAAGAUAACUUAUCUCUUCGACAACCCUGCCACAGUAUUGUUCGCUAUCUUCAUGUCUUUUUGGGCAACCACCUUUUUGGAGCUAUGGAAGCGCAAGCAGGCUGUAGUUGCUUGGGAGUGGGACUUGCAGAAUGUGGAGGAGGACGAGGAACCGAGGCCAGAGUUUGAGGCUACAGUGAAAACAUUUCGCACUAACCCUGUUACUAGACGCAAGGAACCCUACAUCCCUGCUUGGAACAAAAUGUUACGCUUCGCUGUCACGGGCAGCAUGGUCUUCUUUAUGAUCUGUGUUGUGGUGAGUGCCGUGUUGGGCACAAUUAUCUACAGGCUGUCCGUAGUUACUGUUAUAUACGAGGGUGGAAAUGUGUUUGUGAAAAGGCACGCCAAGAUCUUCACUUCUAUGACUGCUGCUCUCAUCAACUUGGUCAUCAUCAUGAUUCUUACAAAGGUUUAUCAUCAUUUAGCUUUAUGGCUUACAAAUAAAGAGAACCCUCGCACUCAGACUGAGUAUGAAGACAGCUACACUUUCAAGAUUUUCCUUUUUGAGUUUAUGAAUUUCUACUCUUCUCUCAUCUAUAUUGCAUUUUUUAAGGGAAGGUUCUACAGUCAUCCGGGGGACAGAGACGCUAGGAGUUCACAGUUUCUACGGCUGAAGGGAGACAUAUGUGAUCCAGCAGGCUGCCUCAGUGAACUUUGUAUCCAGUUGGCCAUCAUCAUGGUCGGCAAACAGUGCUUCAACAACUUCCUGGAACUUGCUUACCCUGCAAUUUUGAACUGGUGGAGGUACAGGAAACAACGGAGUGACACGAAGGAUACAACGAGACCCUACACUCGGUGGGAGGAGGAUUACCAGCUUCAGGAUCCAGGGCGGUUGGCAUUGUUUGAGGAAUAUCUGGAAAUGGUGAUCCAGUAUGGAUUUGUGACGUUAUUUGUUGCUGCUUUCCCCCUGGCCCCACUGUUUGCCCUGCUGAACAACAUUGGAGAGAUAAGGUUGGAUGCCUACAAGAUGGUGACCCAAGCAAGACGGCCAUUGGCAGAGAGAGUGGAGGACAUUGGAGCCUGGUACGGCAUCCUUCAAGGCAUCACCUACUGCGCCGUCGUCUCCAAUGCAUUUGUCAUCGCUUAUACCAGUGAUUACAUUCCUCGGAUGGUCUAUGUAUUUGUGUAUUCGAAAACUCAAACUCUAGAAGGAUAUAUCGACUCAUCACUGUCUGUAUUCAAUACUUCGGACUUUGAUGAGGACAUGGGCAUUGAUAAGAACAACUACGAUGAUGAUGAGCCUGAGAUAUGUCAAUACCGAGGUUAUCGCAACGGUCCAGAGCAUGAGGAUAAGUACGGCCUCUCUCCACAAUAUUGGCACGUGUUUGCUGCUAGGCUUGCAUUUGUUGUGGUCUUUGAGCACAUUGUCUUUGCUCUAACUGGGAUAAUGGCUUACGUGAUCCCAGACGUACCCAGAGAAGUGAAGACUCAAAUUCAGAGAGAAAGGCUUCUCAAGAAGGAAGAAAAGUAUGAAAAAGGAACUACACGAACUGACGAGUAUGAUGAACUACUAAGUGCGAUCCGUAACACUCAAAACUCCAGUAGACUUAGUGAGGUGAUCAGGAGAACUUCGUGGGACAGACGAUUCACCAAACCAGAACAUGACCUUAGGAACGUCAUACGAAGAUGAUAUUCUCAGUCACACUUAGUCUUUUCAAAGCGGACCUAAAAGUGUUUGCCAACAACAUGUGAAUCAUUCAACUAAAUGUGGUUGUGCAUUUGGAUGUAUUGAAUGUAGGUUUGAGACAUUUGGUAAAUAUAAUGUCAAUUAUCAAAAAGUGAUAACACAAUCAAAAUGUUAAUGUUCAAAGAAAGACACACAUAUC